CCCACUCCACGUCAAGUUGGAAGCGUAGCGCGACGCCUCACCGGACCGACGCCGCUCCGACCGCUCGUUGUACGCCCCGCGCGGGAAACUACGCACACGCAUUUUCAGAACUUUCUGAAAACUUACGCUCUCAGUGAAAACUACAGAAACAUCGAGUUUCUCCACCUCCUUGGAUUUCUAUAAUGUUCAGUGUUUGUGACGUAAAUAUAAGCAGACGAACAAAUUAAUUAAGUUAUAAGUUUGAUAAGGAUGUGUGUUGGAGACAUUUCAGUGUUUAUAAGUGAAAGUAAUAUACAUAUUCUUAGAAUAUUAUGUUAGUUUAAUUAUGAGGGAAAUAAAAGCUGGAAAUAUGAAGAAGAGGAAUCACAGUCAGUCAUCGGAAAAGCCGAAGGGAAAACGAAGGAAGUUCCGGGACUAUGCGGAGAAAUUAGCGAGGGUGGCAAGGGAGGAAGCCAGGCCAGAACAAACUCAAGAACCACCACCGACAAUAUAUUUCCCUGGUACUUGCGGCUUGCAGUCAUGCGGCAAGGAAGCGGCGUGCAUGCCGUACAACAGUACGAUGCACUUCUGCCGCUGCACUUCCAACGGUUUGCCCGUCACCGAAGACUUCAAAUGCCCCAGAAGCACAGUUCCUGUGACUCUGAAGCCCAUAUACAAUGUGAUCCCACCGAGAACGUCGAACGCCUCAGACAGCCGGUACCUCUCGUCGGCGCCCACCGCACAAGUGUCCAAAUCUUCAAGCAGCGGAGAAAUAUUCGCAGAAUCUACAACUGGGAACGGCUCACUAAUAGAUACCGGUAUGAGUGCCGGCGUGGGCACUUUAAUAGCUGUCACCGUUUCAGGGGCCGUGACUUUAAUACUACUCGUUUCGAUUAUCCUGCUGUACCUCAAAAGGAGGAUAUGUCGUGUCGAUGGGAAAACACAACCUCGUGUGCGACCGGGAGAGCCUCUGCUUGCUGAAAGGUAUAUAACGAACCCGCAGUACGGAGUCUACGGAGCUGGCAACCUGCCGAUACCAGGCACCCCCGGAGUUAUGGAUACUGACGACACCAACAAGUCCCAGGUCCAACUUCUAGACAGAAACGCCCUUACAUUCCUCGAAGAGGUUGGAGAAGGAUGCUUUGGCAAAGUCCAUAAAGGACUUCUUAGAACUACAACUGAUGAACAAGUAGUAGCCAUCAAAGUGUUAAAAGAAAGUGCAGGUCGCAAUGCUGAAGAAGACUUUGUAAGGGAAGUUUCUAUAAUGUCUGCGUUUAGGCAUCCCAAUAUUCUCGCUCUAGUUGGAGUGGCAUAUAGAGAUGAUAUCAACGCGAGCCCUUGGAUGGUAUUCGAAUACAUGGAGUGGGGCGACCUGGCCGGCGUCCUCAGGGGAUCCCGAGGAGGGGGUAGGCCGGGGCCACUACUAGAUGAACAUGCUUUAUUACACGUGGCACUGCAAAUAGCACGGGGUAUGCAGUACCUAGCUUCACGAAGAUUCGUACAUCGAGAUCUUGCUGCCAGGAAUUGUCUUGUUGGUGCAAAUCUCACAGUGAAAAUAGCAGACUUUGGCAUGUCACGGGAUGUGUACACUUGUGAUUAUUAUAAGAUGGGUGGGGAACGACCCAUGCCUGUACGAUGGAUGUCACCGGAAAGUAUUGUGUACGCCAGGUUUACGCACGAGUCUGACGUGUGGUCGUACGGCGUAGUGCUGUGGGAGAUAUACAGUAGAGGCAAGCAACCGUUCUACGGUCAAAACAACGACGGCGCUACCAAGUUAAUUUUACGAGGUAUAGUGCUAGUGCCACCGGAGGACUGUCCCCGCUUCGCUGGAGAUUUGAUGCGCGCAUGUUGGAAGGCGGAUCCUCGAGAUAGAAUAGGUUUCGAUGAAAUUUGUAGAAAAUUGGAGGAUGCAGCGGCGGGUGGCCAAGCCAUGCAGGUGCGACUACCGCGACCUCCACCUCCACCACAAGACUCCACAGGAUACUUGAUUCCAAAGGAGCAGCUGCCAGUAGACUACCUGAAGCUGUCGCUGCCGACGCCUGAGGAUCACGCCGAGAUGGAGGCGGCAUUCGAGUCGAGCGAGGAGGAGGACGAGGACGAGGAGUACACCUGA